AUGUUGAAGAUGAUGCGCAAAUCAGUUCUGAGUUCCUCUGGUUGUUAUUCUUACCGCAGCAGCAGUAGCACAAGAGGUAUGCCAUUUCUUCACUCUACCCUUGUUGCUGCUUUGUUUCAUUCUCAAUCCUCAAAUCCAAGCAAAUCGAGAGAAACAAAUGUAGGAAAUCGACCUUUAGAGGCUAGAGUGAGUAAUGUUGAGGAUGCCCUGAAGGUGUUCGACGAAAUGCUUCACAGACGUCCUCUGCCGUCUGUUGUCCGUUUCACUCAGAUAUUGGCUCCUCUUGUCAAACUCAAGCACUAUCCAACAGUCCUCUCUUUGAAUUCACAGAUGCUUCUCUGUGGAAUUCGUCCUGAUCACUAUACUCUGGCCAUUGUCGUCAACUGCUACUGUCGUUUGAACCGAAUGGAGUAUGCCUUGUCUGUCUUGGCCCACUUCUUCAAAUUGGGUCUUCAACCAAAUGUUGCAACCUUCAACACUCUCAUCAACGGCUUUGUUCUCCGAAAUCGAGUGGCUGAUGCAGCGCGACUGUUCAGCAAAAUGGUGGUGGGAGGUUACUGCCAGCCGGAUGUAGUUACUUUCAGCACAUUAAUAAAGGGCUUUUGCGUGAUUGGAAACAACACUGCAGCUAUUCAAUUACUUGGCAAGAUGGAAGCAAAUGGUUGCCAGCCUGACAGAGUUACCUUUACCACCAUCAUUGACAGCCUGGGCAAAGAUGCACUGGUUGACGAAGCAAAGAACCUCUUUUCAGAGAUGAUUGGUAGAGGUAUUGCUCCCAACGUUGUUACUUACACCUCAUUGAUUCAAGGAGUUUGCAAUAUAGGCCACUGGAAAGAAGCUACGAGGUUGUUGUACGAAAUGGCCAGUCAAGGUUUCUUUCCGGAUGUAUUCACCUUCAGUAUCCUGGUUGAUGCGCUUUGUAAGGACGGGAUGGUCGUGCAAGCCAAAAGUGUUGUUCAGAUUAUGAUUCAAAGAGGAAUUGAACCUGACACUAUUACAUACAGUUCCCUUAUGGAUGGUCACUGUUUGCGAGGAGAAAUGGACAAGGCGAAACAAGUUUUUGAUCUAAUGGUUACAAAGGGCUUCUUGGUUGAUGUUCAGAGUUUUAACAUUUUGAUUAACGGAUAUUGCAAGAGUAAAAAGAUUGAUAAGGCUUACAAGAUUUUCAAGCAAAUGCCUCUCAAGGGACUUGUUCCUGAUACCAUUACUUAUACCACUCUUAUUGAUGGUUUUUGUAAAGCAGGGAGACUACAAGAAGCAGAAAAGUUAUUCUCUGAGAUGCAAGAUUAUGGCCAACUUCCAAAUAUUCGAACUUAUAUUAUUAUACUUGAUGGCCUCUGUAACAACCAACAACUUUCUGAGGCAAUUGAAUUGCUUAGAGAGAUGGAAGGGAACAAGUUGAAACCAAAUAUUGUAGCUUACAAUAUUAUCAUUGAAGCUCUGUUCAAAGCUGGGAAAAUUGAAUCUGCAACAGACGUCUUCUCUGGUUUGUCAUCGAAAGGAGUACUGCCUGAUGUAUGGACAUACAAUAUAAUGAUCAAGGGACUUUGUAAUGGUGGCAUCUUAGCUGAAGCAGAAAAGCUGUUCAGAGAAAUGGAAGAAAAAGGCUGUUCUGCUAAUGGCUGUACCUAUAACACAAUUAUCCGGGGGUUUAUCAAUAAUAAUGAGAUAUCGGAGGCUAUGGCACUUUUUCAAGAAAUGCGUAGGAGGGGUUUCUCUGGAGAUGCAUCAACUAUGGAAUUGAUUGUUAAUUUGUUGUUGAAGGAUACAGUAGAUCCUGUAUUAUUAGCAUGGCUUAAAGAUUCAGUCUCAAGUUAA